AUGGCUACUGCUUCUGCUCCUGAAAGCUCCCUGCUUUCGUUACUCUACCGCUCCUACCCAACCGCGAUUUCCCCCGAUGCCACCGAACUAGACCUCGCUCAUGCGACCCCCAAAAUUUUCCCUCACAGCAGCUACAGUGACGCCGAGAAGGCAGACGUGAAGCAAUGGUUGGAUGAUAUCCGUGGACUGACUACGGCUUUGGGCAAAGGUGACCAGCAUGUCACUGACACCAUUCUCGGUAACAUUAACCAACACCUUUCCACACGAACGACUUUACUCGGCACAAAGCCAUCUAUUGCAGACAUAGCAGCGUAUGCUGUGCUGGGGCCUGUUGUUGAGGGAUGGGAUGCCGAGAAACGGACUGGCGAGAAGGGAUACCAUUAUAUAGUGCGACACGUCGACUUUGUGCAGAACGGUUCUUUGUUCGCUCUGCAAAUUCCUGACGAAGAGAAGGUCGCGAUCGAUUUGGAUGAUAUUCGCUUUGUCCCCAAGGCUGCUGAUCCCAAGGAAGAAAAGGAGCGAAAGAAGAAGGAGAAGGCUGAGGCUUUAACCGCUGGUCAGGAGAAGACACUGGUUGUUGGACAAACCAAGGGGAAGAAGGAAAAGGACGCUGUCCACGAGGCCCCGGAGACCACAGCAGAGGAAGCACCUGCUGCCUCGAAGAGAGAUAAAGAGAAAAAGGAGAAGAAAGAAAAGAAGGAGAAGCAGCCGAAAGCUCCAGCAGCACCGGCUGCCCCCCCCUCGCCGUCCCUCAUCGACCUUCGCGUUGGCCACAUCUUACGCGCUGUCAAUCAUCCUAACGCGGAUUCGCUGUACGUGUCGACGAUUGACUGUGGUGACGCACCUGGAAGUGACAAUACUUCCGUCGACGAGGCUACUGGCAAGACCGUCCGCACGGUUUGCUCUGGAUUGAACGGUCUCGUACCUCUGGAGGAAAUGCAAAACCGCAAAGUAGUCGUUGUCUGCAAUCUGAAACCCGUCACUAUGCGUGGUAUCAAGUCGGCUGCCAUGGUUUUGGCUGCAUCUCCUAAAGUUGCUGAGGGCGAGGAUUCUCAUGCUGGCCCCGUCGAGCUGGCUAGCCCUCCUGCUGAUGCCCCUGCUGGCGAGCGUGUGUUCUUUGAAGGUUGGAGCACUGGUGAGCCUGAGAAGCAAUUAAAUCCUAAGAAGAAAGUCUGGGAAACAUUCCAGCCGGGAUUCACUACCACAGACAGCCUGGAAGUUGCUUUUGAUAGCACACAGGUUCCUAUUCUCCAGGGCGGAGAAAGCUCUACGACACCGGCUGCCGGUGCCGUUGGUAAACUUGUCACUAAAUCUGGUGGUGUUGUGACUGUGAAGACUCUUAAGGGAGCUACUGUUCGAUGA